GAAAGAUGGAUGGGCGCCGGGCAGAGGAGGGGGCACCUGCGAUGGGAAUUGAGCCGUAAUUGCAGCCCUCGAAGGAGGGUCUUGAGGGGAGAGGGCUGCGCGUGGGUUACUUCGAGACCCGGUGCGGUGGAAAUAGAUUCCUGCCACCCUCUCCCCGUCACCUUAACGCAACUAUCUGCCUCACGUCGGCAGAAUAUCUUUACUGCCGGUCUUAGAGAUGGGAACAUCGAGGCCUGCAGAAGGGUCUCAACUAACAACCUACAAACCCCUCAUUUGACUCUAUCCCCCAGACAGAUCCCUCAGCUAGGGUGUAGUUUCCCCGGGACAGGAGGGUCAGGCCUCAGGAGUGGAGUGGAAACUGACACUCUGUCUGUACCCCCAGUAUUCCCACUUUCCUGUGUGGUGCAGCAGUAUGCCUGGGGGAAGAUGGGUUCCAACAGUGAAGUGGCUCGGCUGCUGGCUAGCAGUGACCCACUGGCCCAGAUCUCAGAGGACAAACCAUAUGCAGAGCUGUGGAUGGGGGCCCACCCCCGGGGAGAUGCCAAGAUCCUUGACAACAGCAUCUUGCAGAAGACCCUAGGCCAGUGGAUUGCUGAGAACCAGGACUGCUUGGGUUCGAAGGUCAAGGACACCUUUAAUGGCAAGCUGCCCUUUCUCUUCAAAGUGCUCUCAGUCGAAACGGCCCUGUCUAUCCAGGCACACCCUAACAAGGAGCUGGCAGAGAAGCUGCACCUCCAGGCUCCACAGCACUACCCCGAUGCCAACCAUAAGCCAGAGAUGGCCAUUGCCCUCACCCCCUUCCAGGGCUUAUGUGGCUUCCGGCCAGUUGAGGAGAUUGUGACCUUUCUGACAAAGGUGCCCGAGUUCCAGUUUCUAAUUGGAGAUAAUGCAGCAACACAGCUGAAGCAGAGCCUGAGCCAUGACUCCCAGGCUGUGGCCUCUGCUCUGCAGAGCUGUUUCUCCCACCUGAUGAAGAGCGAGAAGAAGGUAGUGGCGGAGCAGCUCAACCUGUUGGUGAAGCGGAUCUCCCAGCAAGUGGCUGCUGGAAACAACAUGGAGGACAUCUAUGGGGAACUCUUGCUGCAGCUGCACCAGCAGUACCCAGGUGAUAUCGGAUGCUUUGCCAUCUACUUCCUGAACCUGCUUACCCUGAAGCCGGGGGAGGCCAUGUUUCUGGAGGCCAACAUGCCCCAUGCCUACCUGAAAGGAGACUGCGUGGAGUGCAUGGCAUGUUCGGACAACACGGUGCGUGCUGGCCUGACACCCAAGUUCAUCGAUGUGCCAACUUUGUGUGAAAUGCUCAGCUAUAUCCCCAGCCCCAGCCAGGACAGGCUUUUUCCUCCAGCAUGGAGUCAGGAAGACCCCUACCUCUCUAUCUAUGAUCCCCCUGUGCCAGACUUCACCGUUAUGAAGAUGGAGGUGCCUGGCUCCGUCACUGAAUAUAGGGUCUUGGCGCUGGACUCUGCAAGUAUCCUCCUGAUGGUGCAGGGGACAGUGACAGCCAGCACCCGCACAGCCCAGGCCACAAUCUCCCUGAAGCGUGGCGGGGUGCUCUUCAUUGGGGCCAAUGAGAGUGUCUCACUGAAGCUCACGCUGCCUACGGACCUGCUGAUGUUCCGUGCCUGCUGCCUGCUGUAGAGGCCACAGCCUUCCUGGCUCUUCUCUGCCAGUCACCCUACAUCCUGGCCAGCCUCACCUCCUCAGGCCCAGCCCAAAUCCCUUCCCUGUUCCGGGCUCUUUGGGUAUACCCUGAAAGAGCUGGGGUAGAAGAGCUUGAAGUCAGUGACUCCUGAGCAGGCCUAGGCUGAACCGUCUUCUUCCUGGUAGGAGGGGCCCACGUGAGAACUGAGGGCUGAUACUCCCCUUGUAUUCUUGCCACCCUUGAGCCAGGCUCUCCUCGAUGCACGAAGCUGCAGCUGUUCCAGCCUAUAGCAUUAGGCAGGGUGGUGAAAUCUAUGAUUAGCUCAAUAUCAGUCACGGCAAGAUAGGUAAUUAAUUUGGAAGAACAGGGUUCUGGCCCCGGGACUGCCCAUUUCCUCAGUGCAGAGAAGGAGGGAAAAGGGUAGUCCUGUGGACUAAUGUUGCUGUGUCAAAGCAAUUAAAGAUCACCUGUGUUGA